AUGGAGAAUAGUAGUGGUAGUAAUAAAACCUCAAGAUACAUUCUUUUACCCACUUCUGAUAAAAUCGAUGUUGAAGUUGAAGAACAAGAGCUUUCCACCUCAACUUCGCCUCUUAAAAAACCAUGGUACAAGACACCUUCUGCAUAUUGGUUAAUACCAAUGUUUGUAGUGAUAGCAAUGACAAGCGGGUUGGCCGUAGCAGUUGGAGUGCAAGUUUAUUUAAGAGCCGUAUGCCAUGAAUAUUAUUCAAAAAAUGGAGAAGCUUCAAUUCCUUUAUUAUUUAAUGGUAUUAUUGAUAAAUGUAAUAAUGCUGAUGUGCAAGCAGUAACUGCUCGAUUCCUUAUCAAAGCAAAUUUUUGUACAGCGAUCCCAGGAUCAUUCAUAGACGGAGUAACAGGUGGAUUUUAUGCAUUAUCAGAAGCAAGCUAUGCAUAUGCAACAGAUUCUACUCAUCCCACACGAAGGAGUGUGAUUUUUGGAUGGAUACAAGGGACAAUGUUUGCAGGGUUUAUGGCGGGACCAACAUUAGGAGGAUUGUUGGUGAAGGCAACAAAUAGUUUACUUUCAGAAAAAUUAUCAUUGAAUGUGAAACGUCAACAAGAGUUAUUUGCAAUAAACUGGACGGGAAUUAAAUUGAUUGAUUCUUUUCUCAGAUGGGUCUAUGUUAUGUUUAGACCAUUGCUAUUAUUUUUUCCAAAUGGACGACAACAACAAGAUAAUGAUAAUGAUAAAGUUCCUAUCGCUGCUUCAAGAUAUUCAUUCUCGCUAUUAGGAAUAAUGACGAAAGAGAUAUAA